GUUUGCGCCCUCCGCGCUCCCGUGAGUAUCCACCCCCCCCUGCUCUCCUGGAACUCGCUCGUCACCACGCGACCCUGCCCCCUGUCCGCCUUCUCAGGCUCUCGCCAGGUCGCCCAUCUGGCUUGGACCGUCCAGCCCCGCUUCUGCGCUGGUAUCGAUCGGCCUUGAUCCUGGCUGGUCUUCACUCCUUCCUCGCCACUGUUCUCACACCUUGGCCGGCUCCGCUCUGGCUCCAGUGACUUGGCCCAGCCAUGAGACGGCCCUACAGCGAUCGCUCGUUCGAGCCUCAACCACAUCAGCCCUCGGACCAUCCCCAUCAGCCGCCGCCGUCCUCGCUCUCUUCUGUGGCCCAUCACGAACCUUCCCCGCCAUCGUCUCGAAGCUAUCAAGCCUACGAUCGCCCGCCUCCGGUCCAGGUCCAGGUCCAGGUCCCAGCCCGCGAUCAUCAUGCGUACCAGCACCACAGCCCUCCUUCAACGACCUCGGAUCGCUUGCCGUCUCAUACCGACUCGCCCCGUCACCCCCCGCCUGCGGAGCCCACGUCCUUCCUCGGUCCGAGCGGCGAUUCGAGCUCAGGCUCCAGUGCCUACCAUUUCCAUCGCUCGGCAGAUCCAUCGGCGCCAUCUUCGGCCCCGCCCGAUCCCUAUCGCCACGAUACCUCGGCCGAUCCUGCGCAUCUGGACAACCAUCGGUUCCGCUCUUCGAUCGACAAGCGCUCUCCUCCCGCACCACCCGUGCCAGCGCUGGCUCCCUUUGCAAGCGUCUACUCGCAGCCAUACGAUCAUCCCCAUCAGUCUCACUACCGUCGUCAUGAGCACCCCAAGUACUCGCUUCCCCCGCUGGCUCCGUCCCGAUUCCAUCAUGACGAUCCUCGGAGCUUACCCUAUCCCCCCGAUCCCUACGCGCCCGUUGGCCAUCGUGCCCAUCCCCAUCCCUCCGAUAUCUAUCCGCCACAUCCCGGCUUUGCUCCGCGGCACAUCACCGCCGAUAACGAGCACAUGUACAACCAAGGUCGCAGCCACAGCCAUGCAUACGACCAGGGCCAUCGCUCGACGCAUCCCUAUCACCAUCCCGACCAGCCGCACUCAUCGCAUGCGUCGUCGGCUCGCCAGAGGCCAUCCUCACGUCGGAACUCAAAGGAUAACAAGGACCCCUAUCGCCAGUCCACUCUGAGCUUUGCGCCUGUUCAUGGAUCGAUGAGCUACGCCGAUCCGUCGUCCCAUGUCCCCGCCGACCCACGGUCGUCCUCGCAUAUGCCUCGACACUAUCGAGGCCACGACGAACCCCCGCCGCGCCCAAACAACGGUGUCAUCGUCGAGUAUGAUCUCACGACUCCGGAAUAUGAGCAACCCCUCAUGCAGCACCCGGCGUUGCCCCCUCCCGAGGCCCAGCCUGGGGCUCCGAGCCAUCCGCUGCAUCGUCCGCUGCAUCCCCACGAACGUCACACCACCUUCCCCACCACUCUGCUCUCCAAGCCUUACCCUUACGAUCACGGCCAUUGGUACAGUGUCUAUGGGCACCACCCCAUCGGACUGCCACCCCAGCCUCUGGGGCUGAAACGAAAGCAGCUCCCAGACCAAGUGCUUGCCGUUGGGGAUGGUCGGCAUGAGGGCGACUCAGUGCACUACAAAACCAAGCGUCGCAGCAACGCCGACUCCGGCUCCCUUCCAGAGUACAUUCCAAGAUCGGAGCUGUCUUCUGACCCGGCCUCGACUUUGAAUCCCGAGUCGGCCCGCAAAUCGGAUUUGGCUUCCGAGCCAGAACCGGCCUCACAGCUCGAGCUUGCUCCAAAGUCCAGGCAAAAGCUUCCCAAGGGCUCUUCAAAGCAACUCCCAACCAACGGCGACCUGCCGAGCACAGUCCCGCUUGACUCACAGCUGCUGGUGGAGCAGCCGCCCGCCAAGAAGCGAUUGGGUAAAAAAAGGGAAAAGGCCGUCAAAGCUUCGACUUUAGCCCCACCGCUCGAGUUUCAGUCGGUUGAUUCUGCGGAGCGGAGACUGGCUGGUUCCGAACUCCGGCAAACUACGUUGGACUUUGCCCUGAUAUCCCACAAGAGUGUCGAUGACGACGGUGUGCCCGACUCAGCGCUCGGGCUGGCGUCUGAACAGACUGGCCAGAUCGCCCAGCAAAUCAAGGGAUAUCCGACAGACGCGAUGGAGCCAUUGGAUUAUGUUGCCCAAACAAAGUCGAACCCGCCGCAGUCCACAGUUGGACUUGCUGCUCCAAGCACUUCGCCCAUGCCGUCUGUCAAAGACCAAAAGAGCCCCUCGGACUGGGCCAAUCGACAGGCCCCGACUGGGAACAUCCGCUAUGUCGCCACAAAGCCCACCAAGAAACCCAGGAUCAUGGAUGACCUCGAGACCAGCGUUCUUCUUGUCGGCGUUCCGCUUCCAGCCUUGAAGCCAGUGCUGAGUCCAAAGCGCGAGGCUGCCAAUGCGCCCGCUGCCAAAGCCUGCGACGCUAGCGGCACCAUUGUGGCCAACGAGUCCGUUACUAUAAACGGAGCAUCAAAGCUGAUCAUACUCGACGACGAAGCUGUUGAAGCCCCCUGCCCACCAGAGGAUACUGCUAACGAGUUGGAGAGCAAGCCCGUCACGAAGGCGGGCGAGACCGGAGUGACGGCGUCCGGGCAUAUGGAUGUCGACUUGAGUCAACACGAGAACGAGGGCAAGAACGACGGCGAUGGCGACGAUGAUGAAAGUGACAGCGACGACGAUUUCAUGAAAGCAUGGGAAUCUGCGAAGCUCCAAGAGGCUCUCGAUCUUCUGAGCCUGUCUGAUUUCUUGACCUCGUUCGGACCCGUUGUGCUGGGCAUCCCUGAGAGCCAGCGCUUUUCCUUGGAAACCCUCGAAGUCGCCAUCUACAACCCCACCCUUCGGUUUCGAUAUCUUUUUGAUCUGUACAGCCGAUUCCUCGAGUUUCUGGAGAAGGAGCUGGGCGACGAUAGCGACAGCGACGACGAUGCCGAUUUCGAAGAUGACGGCGAGCAGAGCAGCGACCAGGAUGCACCAAGCAACGACAACAGCGAGCGCAGUGUCGUGAAUAGCGCCUCUGCUGGCAACACAACUGCGUCCGGCGACAAGGAAAGGGGCCAUUAUGGGCAAGUCCAGGCCCGAAUAGCCCUUCUGAUUGCCGAUGUCGAUCACGCCGUUGCUGAGUACCUCCAGUCCACCGAGUGGGUUGAGAUCGAGCCCUCGAUGCACAUCCAGGCGCUGAUGGUGCUCAUGGGUCUCGUCAUCGGCACCGAGCCCUUCAAGAACCACGUCGAUGCUCUCGAAGAGCAGCUCCAAGAGAUGCGGCGCGAAAAGUGGCGGCUCUUGAUGCAGCGCAAGGAUCACGAGAACGAGCUCUCGGACCUGACGCAAAAGCACACCCAGAAUGUGGAGGAGCCCAGUAAUGCCGGCACCUCAACCCUGACCGCAGCACAGCUCCGCAAAAAGUCACAGCAGUUCGAAAACGACAAGACCCGACUGUCCAAACAGAUCCGCGAUCUCCAGAAGGAGGAAGAAGACAUCAAGCCGCGAUACGAGCAAGUGUCCUGCCACCUGCGUGCGUCUCAUUUCCGCGUGCUCGGCCACGAUCGCCUGGGCCGGACCUACUACUUUGUCGCUGUGCGGCCCGGUGCCGACAUCAACCUCACUGGCGAUCUGGUUCGGCAGGAGGUGAUCCAGGGCAAGGCUCAUCCAAGCCAAGUCACCUUCCUCAGCGAGACCGACGAGUCUUGGAGCGGGGCAAUCUAUGGCCUGCUGAUCGAAGAUACCGUUGGCCUGGACCCUCCAGAGCAGAUUGUACCUCUGUACGCCAACACCCGACGGAAGCCGCGGGCUCGUCUGCUCGAGGAGGAGCAGCGAUCCAAUGUCACCCCGGACCCAGAGGUCAGCAUGGACAGGGGCGAGGACGGCGACGGUGACGGUGACGGUGACGGUGACGGCGACUCGGUCAUGUUGCUCAACAAGUCCAUGGAGACCCUCGAGGACGAAGAGCCCUCGGUGGAGUCGACGGGCACCAUUGAAGAUCUCGGCAAAGUAAGCAUUCCGUCGACGCCAAAAUCGUGGCUGCGGCGACAAGUCCUCAUCGACAAUGCCUCGGACAUGACUGCCGACGUCUCGCGGGAGACACCGGAGCAGGUGCUGUCAUCGCCGGCCAUGUCGACCCAGGACAUCAAGGACGGCAUCCAGGACGUGGAUGUGAUCGGUUUGGGUAUCGGCACCGCCAGGGCCCUCGCCGAGCUGAGCCACGAGCUGAGCGACCACCACGUUCUUUCUGAUCGCGAUGACGACCUGCCAGCGAACAACGCCCAUCAUUCGCUUGCCACCGGCGCUGCCGAGGGUGCCGGAGUGCAAGCAGGCUCGUACAAGACUCGAUGGUAUUAUAUCGACUCGUUCAGCAGCCUCCAUCGACUCUUCCGCUGCCUCAACGACCGCGGCACCCGCGAGCGAGAGCUGCGGUUCCGGAUAAGCGACCGCUUCGCAAGCGAGUGCGGUCUCUCGCUCAUCAAGAAUACCAAGGGCGGCACCCAGCCGAUCACGACCUUCAGCGAAGACCGCGAGAACGAGAAGCGCGUCGAUGCAUCGUUGGUCAAGUUUGGCAAAUGGGUCGAGGCUCGCGGCACUCUCCUCAAGGACAACCCAUUCCACGUUCCAAUGGACAUCAUUCACCCCCCGGACGAAAAGGAGACCGCCCCAGCCACGGGUACUAUCACCUUGAGCGGCCGCCGCUCGGUUAAAACCCAGCUCGGCGCCCGAGUCGAUGCUGCGCCCAAGACCGAGCCCACCAAGGCCCCAGGAUCGGUCUGGGAGCAGGCCGAUUAUUUUACGUACAUGGAGCUCGUCAUCCGCAAGAAGUUUAGCAAGGUCUCCAAGUUCUUCAAGGGAUAUCAUUACAGCUGGUCGACCUUCGAAGUCGACGACCUGGAUCAUGCUCGGCGCUAUCUGCUGCAGUGGCUCAAGCGAUGGGCGCAAUUGACCCUGAGGGAUGCCGAGUCGGGCAGUGACAGCGACGACAGCGACCACGGCAGCGAUGACGACACCUCGAGACUUGCAGAGUCGCAGACCAGCGCUGCACGGAAGCUCUCCACCGAGGCCGACACAGAUGAGGAUGUCAUGGUCAAGCCUGGCGAAAAGAGCGUCCUUGAUGGCGUUGGCGUGCGUCUCAACCUGGGUGACUAUCUUGUAGAAGGUGGGAUCGACGGCAUACAGACACUCUCGGCCCUGGACUUGCUCUUGGAUGAACUCGGAACCCUGAUUGAUGAGCGGGCACUCAAAGAAGCACGGGAGGAAGCGGCGGAACAGGCCGCCGAGGCCGCCCCAGCCGAGCCCUCCAAGGGUAAGAGGCCAGCCCCGCAAAACAGAGCGCCCUCCCCUCCAGCACAGCACGUUCCGUCAAAUGACAAAGCGCACGAGUCCCUCACACGUGGCGAAAGAAGGCGAGACCCCUCGAUACAAGAUCAAGGGUCGAAUGCGGCUCAUCCUGCGGCUGGAAGCACAGGCAAGGGGCGUGGUCGCGGCCGCCAAAAGCCGCGGUCCGAAAUCGCUGCGCUGUCGGAGGACGAGCACGAACCCGUGCCCGAGCCCGACGGUCGGCACCAGAAUCAGAACGGAGCCGAGAGCGACAAAGACACAAACGCUCGGGGACCACGCGCCUUGCGGAGCAGCCGCAAGAUCCAAGCGACCAAGGGUAUGCCAUCGACCGACGAGUCCAAUCCCUCACGAGCCCGGCCAACGUCCGCUUCAUUACUAGCUCCUAGCACUUCUGGCGCUGCGGGUCGCGGCAAGGACCGAGAUGGCCGGCUGUCCAAGGCCGAAGAACGGACGCCGUCGCUGGAGUCCAACGGCCAGAAACAAAGCAGUCGACGCAGUCGACAGCGUGUUGUCGAUGCAGUUGACGAAGAUGAAACCAACAUUGACACUCGAGCGACACGACGCAGUGCCAAGUCGGCGAGCGAACCCGCCUUGCCCAAAGGCAAGCCGCCUCCCAAGGACAAUGACGACGCCGAUAUUGAGGAUAGCGAACAAGCUGAAAGCGACGGCGAACAUGCGGUACCCGAGACAGGAACGGGACGCGGCCGACGAAGCAAGCCUGUCAUAGCCGCUGCCGAGAGCACAGCUGAUGUUCUGAGUGACUCCCGCCGAUACCCAGCGCGACAUACAUCGCCCGGCGGUGGCUCGCAAGGCACAGCGCUGCCGUCGGCCCGGAAAGCCUCUGCCCGAGAGCAUCACUCGAUACAAACAACCCCGGAGCCUCCCGAGCCUCCGACAAAGCGAGCACUGCGAUCAGGACGCCCGUCGCACCCUCAACAAGGACCAACCAAGGGCACGGCGGCGAAGGAAGUCGGAAGGAGCAGGCGCUCCAAAGCCCUGGUCAUGAUUUCAUCUGAUCACUCCUCUGACGACGAGGAGCCGCCCAAGCGAGUAACGCGAGCGAGCCUACGGUCGCCUCCGCCUGUGGCUCACAAGCCCAAGAAUGGUGGCAGCGACGAUGACGAUGAGGAUGAAAGCGAUCACCGUGCAGAUCGAGGAUCAUCGGCCAAGUUGACCCGCCGGACAGCGACAACGUCCGGCCGACCCGCCAGCGCAGCCAAGAGCACGUCGCCCGAGCUCCAAGACAGCAGCAGCGACAGCAACAGCGACGCAGACGACGAGCGGGAUCACGACCAGUCGUCUCGGAAACGGAAACGAUCAAUCUCGGGCCCCUUGGCUCACCAACAACCGCAACAGCCCGCCGCCGCGCUUGGUCGGCGCUAUGCGCUGCGUGGACAGAAAUCCGACGAGCCGGCAACCCAGACCAACGACACUCGAUCGCGGCUGCGGUCGAACUCCAGAACCACGCCAGAGAGAAGCAUGGGCUCACCGACGGAUGAACCUGCGCUCCUCAGGCCGGAAGAGAAGAAAUACUCGUUUCGGCGAGGCCGGGCCAGGACCGAGGGCUGAGCGUGUCCUGCGAGCACUGCAUUCGCUCCAGCCCGGACUGUCGAUCCUCGUGGAUGCGCAAGACCGGACAUGCAGAUGACCCCGGGAUGGCAGUGGCCUUGGAUGUGCGCGACACCCGCCAGGCAGAGCUACAAUAGACACAUUGAUCGUGGAUGCAC